UAAACAACUCAAUCUCAUCCAAAUUAAAACAUAUCUAGCUAGAGAGGAAUGGCUAGACACUUAGAAGAUGUAAUGAGCAUGGCGGCAACAACACACUUCGAUGUUAGUUACCUUUUUCAUCUUGUGUUCUUGGUUCUAUUUGGCUGUUGUGUCCUCUCGGCUCUAUUACUCUCUUGCGCCGAUGGAGCCUCCGGUGAUAGAGCCACUUCCCGUAAUACAACAGCUGCAGGAGGUUGUGGCGGAGCCGGUUGCGGCGGUGGUUGUGGAGGUUAAGAGUUCCUUUAUCCUCAUCUAUGGCACAAAUAAUAGUCUACUUUUCUAAUAUUAUGGUUUGUGUAGUCAGCUUUCGUUUUACUGUUAUGCAACUCUUUGAUUGCUUUCACAUAAACAUAAGACUAGAUUGUAUAAAUAAAUUGUAUUACAAUAGCAUAUAAUACUAUUUAUUGCAUUUCGUUUUGAAGUUAAAUUAAAUUUUUUUUUGUUUUUUGUUUUUUUUGUUCAAACCAUUUAUUCCAUUCAAAUUAACUUAAGCUACAGAGUUCCCCAAUCCUUGAAGGACUGUUUGAGAUCACAAACAGAGCAUUCUUGGCAAGCCUGUCAGCUUGCUCAUUACAACUACGAGAAACGAAACGAUAAGAUAUAGAAGAGAAGGAAUGACUCAACACGCCUAGGUCAUGAAGUAUUCCUUUGAGUUUGAUCACAGACUUGUUUCCUGUGUAUUGAUGUUGAUUAGAUUUUAAAAGUCUGAAAACAGACCACAUCUUUGAUUCCAGCUGAGGCCGCCAUGGUGAGACCCGCUUUUAACGCCAGAGAGUGUCUGCAGAUAAAAUAGAGGCCACCACACGUCUUGCAGAGUUUCCUUCGAAGAGAGUAACGCCCGCUGUGUCCGAGGCCACCCUGCCAAAUCCUCCCGCACACGACGUGCCAUUCCAUGCCGCAUCCGAGAAGAGGCGAAUGGUCUUAUCAGGCACCCGAGGGCCUUCAAUAUCUCAGAUCCUGCUCUUAAGGUCCCUCAACUUCCAUCUGAUCACCAUAUUGAAUCGCCAUCUCAUCUUCGAAUUCCUUAAAAAGCUCAUAAGCUGCUUCAGGCUCGAUCUCACCACUUUCACACAUAUCCCCAAGCUCAUUCAACUUUGCUUCAACCUUUUUCUUCAAGCGAUCUGAAUGGAAAAUACAGUUAGAUGACUUUCCAACCGUUCUUAUUCACCACCGGUCCAAACAUUAUAUUAUCUUUUUUCCUAAAUAAGUAUCACUUUGACAUUUUUCACACAUAUUAAAAAGUAACAGAAUUAAAUUGUUAUUGAUUACACUUCUUUAACUAAUAGUAUCUGAAUAAAAAUACUAAUAUUACCGUCAAA